CCGAGAGAAAAGGGGGGAGAGAGAGAGAGAGAAAACAAAAAGUCGGAAAAGAUCUGCGCGCCCCCAGUUACGUUUGUUUGGCCCCGAAAGACGGAAUGGAAGUUUGUGACUGAAAGAGAAGGCUGAAGGCACCCUUCUGCUUCUUCUUUUUCUCUUUGUCUUGAUGUUUUUUUCGGGUUUGAGUUCGGUGCGGCUCACACGUCGGCUCGACGACUUUGUGCGUGUGCGUGUGCGUGUGCGUGCGUGCGCGAUGCCCCCGGCGGCGGUACCGGUCCCGGUUGCCUUUGGGUGGAAGCACCUUUGACAGUCCGCCCCACAACCAGGAUCAGAGAGCCGAACCAGACUUGAGCCAACAUGUCCUCCGAGCUGCUGGGGGGUUUCAUCUUCAGGGUGCUGCUGCCCCUCAGCCUAACUGCAGCCGCUUUGCUGCGUUUUAAUGGCUUCUCGCUGGUCUACGUCUUCCUGCUGCUCCUGCUGCCCCUGCUGCCCGAACCCAGCAGAAGCCCCCUCGACACAGGGUGUUGUUAUGAUUGGUUUCCUAGGCCACAGCAGUCGCUGCGUGACAGCAGUUUGCGUCUCCAGCUUCCUCUUCCUGCUGCUGCAGACUUUCUUCCAGAUUACCACCGCGACCCUCGCACCCGAGUCCAACUGCACGUCCUGGCAGAAGGCGCUGAGUCAGCUGGGCUUAGUGAGGUAUAACUCCAAAUGUCGUAAAGAUACAGGAGUGCCGCAAAUGUCAUUGUUGUGUUUGUUGUUUCGUGUUGUUGUGUGGUGUCGGCUGUCGCUCAGUCUGAUAGGAAGCGACGCGGCGUCCGCCGUGCGACACGUCCUUCCAGAUGUCGGCGUGCUGCUGGCUGCCCUGCUCACGUGGAGGCUGAGCCUGAGAUUCAGCCCGGAAACACACGCACAGGAUUCCCGCGUCUUCCACGAGGGAGGAGAGAGAACCGCGAGGAGCCGAAUUGUAGCUGAACUGGAAGAACUGGUCAGCAAGACCAGGACCGUGCUGGCAAACGUGAUGACGAGCGGAGGGAAAAUUCUGCUGACAGUUUUGCUGGGACUCACUGGUGUGGUGCUGCCGUCCCUCUCCUCCCUCCCCUACCUGCUUUCUUUCCAGGUGGUGUGCACCUGGUGGGCUUGGAGCGGUCAGGUCCCCCGUCUGCUCUUCAGGUGUUUGUCGGCGAUGUCGCUGACGUAUUCCGCCGCCCACUUCCUGCUCGUCUACGCUUACCAGCUGCCGCCGCUCCAGGAGGCGUGGCUUCCGAACCGUACCUCCGCCAGCGUGUUCGGCCUGGUGCCUCUGGUGUCGGUGGACUGCGCCGCCCCCUGGAGGAUGCAGGUGAACCUGCAGCUCAGCUGGUUUCACUUCGUCAGCCCUCUGACGCUCAUCGUGCUCUACCACGUCAUUGCCAGCCUGCGGAGGAACCAGAUGCUGGAUGGCGCAGGGGCGCCGAGCACAGACAAACUUCACUCUCUGCUCCCUGGCAGCUGUGAGAUGAGCAGUGACAUCGUCGCCGCCACCGAUGAGGUCACCGGUCAUGAUGUACUCAGUCAGGAUGUCAUCAGUGAUUAUGACAUCGGAAAUGAUGUCAUCAGUGAUGACGUAAUCUGGGAAGUCACAGCGCAGAGGCGGCGAGAGCUGUGGAGAAAAGCUCAUGACAGGCGCAACUCCAGAGAUUUUCUGGAUUCUUCUGUCAUGGAUAGUCCCUCAGAGUCUUUGGCCCCGCCCACACAGCGCAUUGCCUUGGAGUUGGACACGCCUCACUACUCCUUCAGCCAAUCGGGAGAAACGUUGGAGACGUGCGUGUUUGAAGGCGACGCGGCCGGAUGGGGCGGGGAUGGGGAAGCGCGACGAGGAUCUGGCGUGGCUUCCGUGGCGUUGGCCUUCCUGCUGAAGCAGAGUUACAUCGGCGCGCUGAUGGCCAUGAUGGCCUGGUCCAUCACGUACGUGUCGUGGCUAACGUGCGUGCUGCUGCUGUGGUCCUGCGCUCUGUGGAUGACGCGCCAGCGCCGGCGCUACACGCUGGCGUCCUCGCCGUGGUUGGUCGCCUACGGCAACCUGCUGCUUGUCCUGCAAUACAUCUUCAGCUUCGCCGCCGUCCGCCAGGUCCCGGGUCUCUUUCCCAAAAAGGACGACCCCUGCAGGGAGCUCGCCUCCAAGCUUGUGUGUCUGCUGACCUUCUGGCUGCUGUUGCGUCAGGCUCGCACAGAGAAGGGAGACACCCAGACCAACCCGCAGCUGUCCACCAUCAGCGUCCACGUGGACGAAGAGGAGAGGAUGGAAGAGAUUUCCUAUGAGAAGGUUCUUCUGAUGAAAGGAGGAGUUCAGAUGGAUGCUCUGGUUGCCGUGGUUACCAGGAUGUUUGUCAAAUACUGGAUCUACGUGUGCGGCACCAUGUUCUUUUUCGUCAGUUUUGAAGGCAAAUUGGUCUUGUACAAGGUCAUCUACAUGGUGAUGUUCCUGUGCUGCGUGGCUCUCUACCAGCUGAACUACGAAAAGUGGCGAGCCUUGUUGCGAGGCUUCUGGGUAGCUGUGGUGGUUUAUUCCAUGUUGGUCCUCCUUCUGGUCUACACCUUCCAGUUCCCGUCAUCCCUGCACACCUGGACCUACUACACUGGACUCAGCACUCAUAGGUUGGAGGAUCUGGGUUUGGAGAAGUUCUCGGUUCCAGCCCUCUUCACCAGGAUCUUCAUCCCCACGGCUUUCCUGCUGGUGUGUAUUGUUCACCUGCACUACUUCCACGAGCCCUUCCUCCAGUUGACCGACCUCAAAACUGUGGUGGACACGCACAACAGCACUAUCACAAGGUUGGUCCACUCUGAAGGCAGUCUUGUGGACAUGUCAGUGGGAGGAGCUUGUCAGCUCUUGGCGGAGCACAAAACAGGAGUGGCGUUGAAAAAGGAGGAGGAGGCCGAGGAGAAGUGGAGACAUGAAGAGGAGGAGGAGAAGGAAGAGGAGGAAAAGACAUCCCCCUGCACAUUUGAGGAGGAGAGCGUGCUGGACCCCAUGGCAGGUAAAAGGGGCUGGUCACGGCUCAGAAAAAAAACAGGAAGUAGACUGAUGUGCGGUGUGUCGACAGUGUUGGUGUCGUGGAGGUUGGUGGUGGACCGUCUGUCGGUCUUGUUCCUGCGCCUCCUCUUGUCUCUGCAGCGCCUGCAGCGCCUCCUCUGGUGGCUACUGGAACUGCACAUGGUGAAAAUCAUAGCCUCCUACAUGAUCUGGAUCUCGGUGAAGGAGGUGUGUUUGUUCAACCUGCUGUUUGUGGCGUGUGUGGGUGUGGCUCUACCCUGCAGGGCCUGGCGCCCCCUGCUGGCAGGAGUGUGCACUGUGUGGACAUGCGUGGUAGCUAUUUGUAAGAUGUUGUACCAGCUCAACAUCAUCCAGCCCAACAAGUCCAACUGCAGCUUGCCAGGUCACUCCGCUAUCAACGUGUCUACCUCGGUAUUGUACGCUGCUCCGAUUGACCCCGCCCAGUGGGUGGGGCUUCGCAAAUCUGAGGGAAAGCUGCCGGACUACUUGCGGUACAACUUGACGAUGCUGGCGCUGUUAGCCUUCGAGGUGACCGUUUACAGACACCAGGAACUCUACCGUCUCCGCUGCAACAAAGUCCCGCCUCCGACCAGAACUUUGUUCCACGACAUCAGCAGGCGUCACUUGGACCAAAACGUGCUGAGCUGCACCAAAUACUUCCUCAAUUACUUCUUUUACAAGUUUGGCCUGGAGAUGUGUUUCCUGUUGGCGGUCAACGUGAUCGGGCAACGGAUGGAUCUGUUCGCCGUAGGCCAUGCCUUUGGCCUCAUCGGCAUCCUAACCAGGCGCAGCAGGAAGCGAAUCAGUGCGGUGUGGCCAAAGUACUGCUACUUCCUGUCGGGGCUCUUGUGCUUCCAGUAUCUGCUGUGCAUCGGAUUCCCGCCUGCUGCCUGCAAAGAUUACCCAUGGCGACCCCCAACAUCCAACAUGGACUCCAACGUGGUGAAAUGGCUUUUCCUGCCAGAUCACCUGACUCCCCCAAACCCACUCUUCCUCCUCUACGACUUCCUGCUCCUGCUAGGCGCCUCGCUGCAGCUCCAGGUGUUUGAGGACGAGCGCGACGCAGUCGUCCAGGCUCUGGCGGGGGACAACGCCGAGCUGGAUGUCGAAGACAGACACGUCUGGGAUCCAAUCAGGAGGCUCCGUCUCAGCACUGUCCCUGACUUCAUGCUGUGCAGGUCUUACCUGGAUAUGAUGAAGAUCAUCAUUUUCAGCUACAUGUUCUGGUUCGUCCUCACUAUCAUCUUCAUCACUGGGACCACCAGGAUCAGCGUUUUCUGUAUGGGCUACCUGGUGGCCUGUUUCUAUUUCCUGUUGGUGGGCGGAGACCUGCUGCUUAAACCCGUCAGCUCCAUCCUGGUUUAUUGGGACUGUCUGAUCGGCUACAACGUCUUCGUCAUCACCAUGAAGAACAUUCUGUCCAUCUUGGCGUGCGGUUUCAUCAAGUCGCUGGUCGUCAACCACUGCUGGCUGGUUCAGCUCUUCAGCCUGGCCUGCACCAUCCGAGGAUAUGCCAAACCGGAGCAGCAGAGCAGUAAACAAUGCGAACUGCCCAGCGACGAGGCGGGCAUCAUCUGGGACGGCGUCUGCUUCUGCUUCCUCUUACUACAACGGAGAGUCUUCAGGAGUCACUACUUCCUCUACGUGGUCCCGGACCUGCAGAACACGCAACUGCUGGCCUCCAGGGGGGCGGAGCUCUUUGAGGCAUCUACCGUGAAAGCGGUGCGAGCCAGACUGGAGGUGGAGAAGAUGUCCAUGGACCUGCUGAAGAAACAGAUGGAGAGGAUUAAAUGUCGCCAGCAGAAGUUCCGCAGAGGAAAAGAGAAAAUCCUCAGUUUGACCCAAAAGAGCUUCCAUAGUGGCGCGCGGGAAAAGACGAAAGGGAGAGCGCAAGGGGAUUGGUGGAGACCGUGGGUGAACCAUGCCUCCAUGGUGAGGAGCGGAGACUACUUCUUGUUCGAGAGCGACAGCCAGGAAGACGAAGACGACAAAAAGGAAGAAGAGAAAGAGGAGGAGGACGAGGAUCAUGACAAAUCUGCCUUUCAGUUUGUGUACCACGCCUGGAUAACGGACUCCAGAACAGCCAUGCGAGCUCGUCACAGCCAGAAGAAAGGAAAAAAGCAGAAGCCGAAGUCGUCGUCAUGUGAGCAAAGCGGAGGAGAGGAGACGUCAGCGUGCGGCGCGACCGAGGUGACGGACGACUUGGAGGACGAUGCCGCGGAGCCCGAGGAGGAGGGACCAGAUACGGUCCUGCACCGGGCCUCCAACAUCCUUCGCUUUUGCUGGGUUCUGUUGUCGGCUCUGCUGGACUCGCUGACCGCUUGGCUCUGCGGUUUGUGUCGCGAGCACGUCGACAUCUCCACCGUCCUGCGCAUCGAGCGCUGCAUGCUGACCCAGCAGGCCGAGCAGGGUCAAGUGCCGUCCAGAGAGGCUAUACACGUGUACUACCAGGAACAGAUGAUGAGGACCUCCGGAGAAUUGGGAACGGAUUUGAGUGCUCCCGAGGAAGCGGGCCGGUCGGCAGAUUUGGACGAAAAGGAGAGCCCGGGAGUCGGGAGUGGACCCGCACUCGCCUCCGGAGAUGAAACUGAAGCUGACCCCUCUGCGAGAGAGGACUGUCCGGAGUGCUUUGUGGCCACAAGCAGCCAACGACUCCGAGCCAAACUGACCAGGAUGAAGACAGUCACGCCGUCCGUGUCUUCGUCCUCAGAUGAAGACGACUCCAGGGCUGCCUCCCCCUCCUGUCAGGCGUCCCCCCCUUCCUACAGCCAUGUUCUGGGUCUGGACACCCAACACCAGGAAGAUGAGAAGGACGACUCCAAAAAGAGAAUGCGUGGGGCGGGGUCAGGAUUGCAGAGGCAGCUGUUACUUCAGAAGCCUGACUUCCUGUCGGGAUGCGCCUCCACUUCCUGUCUGUUGGCAUCUCGUCCUCAGGAGCUGACAGCGAGCGAGCUGCUGAAGAACAGGACUUUCCACAAUGUGGAGCUGGAGGCAUCAGAUGCUUUCUAUAGCAACCAACCCCAGCUGCUCCAGCUAUGUUACGCCUUCUACAAUAUUCUCGCUGCCAGGUCAGAGACGGUGUGUUACCUGGUCAUCGUCUUGAACCACAUGGUGUCUGCCAGCUGUCUCACUUUGGUACUUCCUGUUCUGGUGUUUCUGUGGGCAACUCUGUCUGUUCCCCGACCCAGUAAGACCUUCUGGAUGACGGCAAUCAUCUAUACUGAGGUUCAGACCCCUUGUGAAUGUGUCACCAUCGUGAUCAAGUAUUUUUUCCAGUUUGGGUUCUUUCCCUUCAACCAGAAAUUAGAGGUAGACCGUUCCAAACCCUUCCACCCGCCCAACAUCCUCGGGGUGGAGAAGAAGGAAGGCUACGUUCUGUAUGACCUGCUGCAACUGCUCGCUCUGUUCUACCACCGAGCCAUACUCAAGUGCCAUGGACUUUGGGACCAGAGCGUCACCACUGACCCUAAACAUCACCAUGACAACCAGGCAGAAUUGAGUCCAGGUUGCACCCCCACCGACUCAGCACGCUGGCGUGGCGGCAGGCAGGCCCGCUCUAGCUCCACCCAUUUGUGCUCUCCUGCAGGCAGCCUGAGUUCAAUAGAACAGCUCGGCAAGUUGGACUUACUGCUGGAAAAACUUAUGGAACUUUCCAUCCGGAGCAAGCAGUACUGUGUUAGCAGGAGCAAGUCUCUUUACGGUCCGGUCUGUCAGUUCUUCCAAGCUCUGGUCGAACCAGAAUACAGCGCCGUCACAGACGUUUAUGUCCUCAUGUUCCUGGCAGACACCAUUGACUUCAUCAUCAUCGUCUUUGGCUUCUGGGCCUUUGGGAAACACUCCGCAGCCGCCGACAUCACUUCCUCCCUUUCAGAGGACCAAGUUCCUGAAGCAUUCUUGGUCAUGGUUCUGAUCCAAUUCGGUACUAUGGUGAUAGACCGAGCUCUGUAUUUAAGGAAGACCGUGUUGGGAAAGUUGGUUUUUCAGGUGAUUUUGGUGUUAGGGAUCCACUUCUGGAUGUUCUUCAUCCUGCCAACUGUCACUGAGAGACGCUUCAAUCACAACUUGGUGGCUCAGCUGUGGUAUUUCGUCAAAUGUAUUUACUUCGGCUUGUCAGCCUAUCAGAUUCGCUCAGGUUAUCCGACGCGUGUUCUAGGGAAUUUCCUGACGAAGAGCUACAACUACCUCAACCUUUUCCUUUUCCAGGGUUUCCGCCUGGUUCCGUUCCUGACUGAGCUGCGGGCGGUGAUGGAUUGGGUGUGGACUGACACCACCUUGUCCUUGUCCUCCUGGAUUUGUGUUGAGGAUGUCUACGCCCACUGCUUUGUCUUAAAGUGCUGGAGAGAGUCUGAGAAGCGAUACCCUCAGCCUCGUGGUCAGAAGAAGAAACGAGUGGUGAAGUACGGGAUGGGAGGUUUGAUCGUUCUGCUGCUGAUCUGCAUCGUCUGGUUUCCUCUGCUCUUCAUGUCCCUUAUUAAGUCUGUGGCUGGUGUCGUCAACCAGCCACUAGACGUCUCUCUGACCAUCACUCUAGGAGGGUUCCAGCCAAUCUUCACUAUGAGUGCGCAGCAGAAUCAGCUGAAAGACCUGACAGAAGAGGACUUCAGAGCCUUCAUUAGUUCCUACAGUUACACCCCUGGUGCUUUGCAGUUUCUGGAAGCGUACAGUCAUGAGGAUGUGACGGUGGCAGAGCUGCAGGGUAGCAGUAACUCUCUGUGGACCAUCAGUCCGCCAAGCAGGCGAUACCUGAGCGAGGUGCUCAACCUGGACCACUUUCCCCUGACCUUGUCCUGGACUGUUCAGAGGAACUUAAGUCUUGGAGCAAAGGCAGAGCUUGCCUCAGGUAAAUAUGUGACCUACCUUAAUGAUCAGACUCGUCUGGAACUGAUCCAGCUGCUGAAUGGUACCAGAACACUUCCUGUCGUGAUUGACGGCGUGUUGCCAUCUUUCUUACGAGCUCCCAGUGAUUCCAACGCCAAACCCAUUGAGCAGCUCUAUGCAGACGGCUGCUACAAGGACAUUUUGUUGUCCCUGGAACGAACAGCCAAUGAGACCCAAGAGAUUCAGGAGUGGUGGAUUGUCGACCAACCAGCGUCCAGCCUUGUACAUUUGCGAGGCAGAGCUUCAACAGACAACAGGAGAGAGGCGGGGCUUCAGAUCUUCGUGUUCAGCGAUAAAGUCAGCCCGCCGAGUCUCGGUUUCCUGGCCGGAUAUGGCAUUAUGGGAUUGUAUGCCUCCGUGGUGUUGGUCAUCGGGAAAUUCGUACGGGAAUUCUUCAGUGGAAUCAGUCACUCCAUCAUGUUUGAGGAGCUGCCCUGCGUUGACCGCAUCCUCAAGCUGUGCACCGACAUAUUUCUGGUGCGAGAAACGGGCGAGCUGGAGCUCGAGGAGGAGCUUUACGCCAAACUCAUCUUCCUGUACCGAUCGCCAGAGACUUUAAUCAAGUGGACCAGACGCUGACAGACUGCUGUACCGUCACCCACUGUCAAGUCAACAUGAUGUCAUUGUGACAUCAUCCACUCUUAAUUGAACGUGACGUCACUGUGAUACGUUUCAAUGUUACAGCUCAGGUGGGAGUCUCGCGACGGGACGUUUGCUGGCUCAAUUUCCACUUUUCCUUGCCAAACCACGAAAGCUCUCCAGAUGACCUCGAGGUCUUUUUCCAUACAUCCCUCAGAAAUAUGUUCAUGAUGUAACAAUGCGGAACUGGAAACAAAAGGAAUGUUGAUGGACCCUUUUCCAUUUGCUGUUUAGGCACUGCAUUGGUUAAAGUAAAAAUCCUAAGGCUGAAAUGUUAAUAAAUUGUUUAGAACUGAAA